ACUUAAUACAACUACUACUUUCACUCUCUCCAGUAGGUACCCCCCGGCAUGUCCCUAGUACUAUCUAGUAGUACUACAAUGAAACCCUCCCCUUCCCCUCCCCUCCCCCAAGAGGAAACGAGCAGGUCAGGAACCUCCCUUCUUCAUGGUAGUUGUAUUCACCUUAACAUCCUUUCAUUCUCACUGGUGAAUCCGUGCUUUCACUGAUCAUUCCCCGGUUUGUUCCUGUCCUUUUUGUCCGUUUCUGCAGAUCUCAUCUCAUUUUCUUCUUCCUUCCCUCCCUUUCUCUUUUCCUCUUCUCCCUCUCCUUUCUCUUUGCCAGCAUGACCAAAUACACCAUCUCCCUAGUAGCUUACUAGAACAUCACUGCUAUCACAAUGCAGGAAUCCACGGAUACCUCCAACACGAUUAGUGGCCUCCCCUUUCGGCCUGCCAAGCCAGGAAAUGUCACUGGUGAUCAACAGCCGCAGGUGAAGUCAGGCUCUGCUACGCCUCAGUCGCCCAAGGAGGAACAGGCUCAGGAUCCAGGCCCCUCGGUGGAAUGGGGUGAGGCCAAAAAGAAGAGACGGAGCAAGCCUCGCCCCAAGAGUAAGCGUGGAAAGAACAAGCCCACCGGUUUCGAAGAGUACUACGUUGAUGCUCCCAUGACCCCCCAGGAGUUCGAGGAUGAAAAAGAUAUCUAUAAAGUCUCACGACCUCUGCUCUUUCGACUCGAAGAUGCCCUUCUACGCUAUCAGAAAAACCGUCGUAUUGAGUCGGAUAGGAGAGAGGUCUUCCUAAAGUAUCUGGCCUAUGGAGGGGUGGAUGUCAGUCAGAAGAUGUUCGGGGGCGUGGAUAAUCAUGACCUCCAGGCACUGGACAGCGAGCAGAUCCUCCAGGCCCGAGCCCUGGCUAGCAUUAGGAAGGACAAGUCGAACCUGACCGUUGACUUCGAUGCCGUUGUCCGCGGCUUUCUGACGUCCUUCUUCCCGUACUACUUCAAUCCCGAAACCGAAGAAAUGGUCAAGCUGGCGACGGUCACCAUCCGAAACUUCCUGUCAUAUCUGCUUUAUCAUGACGUGUGUCCAGAGUACAAAGAGAACAUCGACCAGGCCAGAACAUCGUGCGAUAUAGCUGCAAAGGAGCUGUGGAAGAACCAGCAAUUUAUGGCCAAAGGCCCUGGUGAUUUCAAUGCAGCUUGCUCCACGCUUUUCGGUGGCGACUUCUAUAAUGCAUCUGUGUUAGGCCAUGACUGGAGAUUUUCCAAGGAAGAUCCGUCUAUCCUGUCGAACGACGUCGCCCGCAAGAUUGUCAAGUUCGCCCUCGCGUGUGCAGGUGAGGACACACAAACUCUCGGGCUUCUGAAGUUGGACGAACAAGGGGGGCUGAGCGCAACGCGCAUUGAGGACAUCGAUGGGUUUGAGAUCACUGCCGUCCAUGCUCCCGAUCAAGUCAUCUGUGGCCUGUACGAUGCGCAAGCCCCUGAUCUCAAUCCCGUCGGAAAGCUGCUGGCCAAGGCUUACCGGGAUCCAGGGCAGCCUGCUUAUGACCGAAGUCCGGAGGAGGAAAUGGCAGGAUAUCCGGAGCUAGAGUUCGAGUUUUUCGUGGAGAGGAAUCUGCUCCAGUACUGCUACCCGGGAAUGAAAGUGAUUACCCCGGUGUGGAAGAUGAACUGUGGGUUCUAUUACUUCGAGGAUGUGAACCGAGCGUAUGGCUCUAUCUAUACAGUUCUGGAAAAUGAUCUGAUGCUAGGAUGGAAGGAGCCAAGGGAUUUGACUGGGGCGCAGGAUGAUGAUGACAGCUCAUCGGUCACCCUGUGAGCACUUCGAGAACACUACUGGGUAGGUUCAUGAAUGCUCGCUGUAGGUAGAACUACGGGUCGAAUCCAACACACGUAAACAUGCCAAGAUCAUAUUUGAUUUUACAGAUAGCCAGCACAAUGAUAUUUUAUUCAGAC